GUUGCCUGCAGGGCAGUUGCGAGCCCAGCGGUUUUCAGACCCGCCUCGCGAAGGGCCUGGACGGUACAGGUUCCGAGGCCGACGGGGCGACCCCACCCACCCUGAAGUCCCGGCGCCCUCGAAAGAAAUUGCCUGAGCUGUAAACCCUGCCUUCUUCCCGGAGUAGAAACCGGACCUUGUCCCCAACGGAAUCUCCCAAGGAAAUUGUACCCCGUGCGGUUUUCCUGCGCCUUUUGAAAGGACGUUUUCCUCCUCCUGAUCGCUAGGGUCCGUCGCCAUGAAUUCCGUUGUCGUGGUCCACGGUGGCGGAGCGAGCAGUAUCUCCAAGGACCGCAAAGAGCGGGUGCGCUUGGGGAUCAUCCAAGCCGCCACCACCGGGUACAACAUCCUAAAGGAGGGAGGGAGCGCAGUUGACGCUGUGGAAGGAGCAGUGAUCGUCCUGGAAAAUGAUCCCGAGUUCAACGCAGGUUGUGGCUCCGUCUUGAAUGUGAAUGGUGAGGUUGAAAUGGAUGCCAGCAUCAUGAGUGGGGAAGGCCUGUCUUCAGGCGCCGUGUCCGCAGUCCGAUGUAUCGCGAACCCCAUCAAACUCGCACGGCUUGUUAUGGAAAAGACACCUCACUGCUUCCUGACUGGCCAGGGUGCAGCAGAAUUCGCAGCCGCCAUGGGGAUGCCAACAGUUCCUGGGGAGCAGCUGGUAACAGAGAGAAACGUCAAACGCCUAGAAAAAGAGAAGCAGGAGAAAGAUGCUCAGAAACCAGACCAGCAAAAAAACUUGGGAACUGUGGGUGCUGUCGCCCUGGACUCCAAAGGAAACGUGGCCUAUGCAACCUCAACGGGGGGCAUCGUGAAUAAAAUGGUCGGCCGCGUGGGCGACACGCCGUGCAUAGGAUCCGGAGGUUAUGCUGACAAUGACAUUGGAGCCAUUUCCACAACGGGGCACGGGGAAAGCAUCCUGAAGGUGAAUCUGGCCAGACUCACUCUCUUCCACAUAGAGCAAGGAAAGACAUUAGAAGAGGCUGCUGAUAUGUCGUUGGGUUAUAUGAAGUCAAAGCUCAAAGGUUUGGGUGGUGUCAUCUUGGUCAACAAAGCGGGGGACUGGGCAGUGAAGUGGACCUCUGCAUCCAUGCCUUGGGCGGCCGCCAAGGACGGCAAGCUGCAUUCCGGCAUUGAACUUGACGACACCAAUGUCAUCGACUUGCCCUAAGCCCCCGGAAGAUUGUAUUCUAGGUACUAGUCUGCAGGUCACGUACAGUUUCCUGGUAUGGAGACUCAGCUUAAUCAAUUAGAGCUAGAAAUGGAAAAAUUC